AUGGACGGCGAAUUAGCGCAGCUCAAAUGGUCCGCAUCGCUGCGUGUGGCACACCCAUCGCGCGUCGCCGUUAAGGAUCUGGGCGGGGACAAGAUUCUUUUACCGCAGUCCGCCCUCGAGCAGCUCCUUGCUGCUUCCACGACGACGGGGCCCUCGACAUCCCAUACAUUUACCGCGUUCGACCCAUACAACCCUUACUCUGUGGCAGAAGCUCGGCGGGAACGCUCCCUUUAUCGAGAGAACUACCAACAGUUACCUCACCCGUUGAUGUUCCAGCUUGUCAACCAGACAAACGGAAACGCCGUGUAUGCUGGGAUCCGCGAGUUUUCAUCGAACGAAGGGGAGGUCGCGCUGAGCUCACACCUUCUUGCGGCGCUAGGGAUACAAGAGACGGACAUACCGAAUGUUACACUUGCCGAGGAUGGGGUUGUGGACCUCACUAUUGACGAGAGCACCACCCCGCCAACGGAAGACCGUGGGAUCCAGAUUAUCAUCAGGGCAAACCAACUCCCAAAGGGCACUUAUGUACGGUUACGGCCUUUGGAAGCUGGGUAUAACCCAGAUGACUGGAAGGCUUUACUCGAGAGGCAGCUCCGCGGUAGUUUCACUACCCUCACGAAGGAUUCCAUGCUGUCAAUAAAGGGAGCGAAAGGGGAAGAAUUCAGGUUCUUGGCAGACAAGUUCGAGCCAGAAGGAGACGGAAUAUGUGUUGUUGACACAGACCUCGAGGUUGACAUUGAACCUCUGAACGAGGAGCAGGCGAAGGAGACACUGAGGCAGAUCGCCGCCAAGGCCCAACGCGCCCCAGGAACCACCUCCGGAAGCUCAGUGGGACAUACGAUAGACAUCUGGAAAGAUGUCACCGGCCAAGUUCUACAACAAGACUACGUGGACUACGAGCUCCCGUCCUGGGAUAAGUCUAGUGCGCUCGCUAUCGAGUUAUCUGGAGAGGAUGGCGAUAAAUUGGACUUGUUCGUGAGCCCCAGGAGCAACCGGCAACGAGCCGUACCGCGCGCUGAGGAACACGUCUUUGGGGAUUUUUCUUCUCCAAAAGAUGGCAGGAAGGUUAUCGUUAUUUCACCAACACAUACAGCGCUGGAAGGAGCGGAUAGCAUUCUGGUCUCCAUCCACGGCUUUUCUGGCCCAGGGGAUGAGGUAUCAGGGGGAAAUCCAUGGCGGUACACGCUCCGUGCUAGGGCGACCGAUACCCAAAGCUCCAGCGCCGUGUCGGUGAACCAAAAGCCUCCUUCACUAUCACCAGAUGAAGAGCAGUGCAAAAACUGCCUCCAGGUCAUCCCGAAGCGAACUAUGAUGCUUCACGAAAACUUCUGUCUGCGCAACAACAUCGUCUGCCCACGAUGCCAGAACGUGUUCCAAAAGCGGUCUCAGGAGUGGGAGAACCACUGGCAUUGCGACACACACCCAAACGCUUACGGCUCCGACCCCGAAAGCCGAGCGAAGCACGACUACGUCCAACACACACAGCACACCUGCCCAUCUUGUGGGCCAUCAACACCCUUUACAUUCCCCUCGCUCCCCGAACUCGCCCGCCACAGAACAACUAUCUGCCCGGGCAAACUCAUCCUCUGCCAGUUCUGUCACCUGGAAGUCCCCCAAGAAGGCGACCCAUUAGACCCCUCCUCCGAAGCCGAGACCGCCAUCUCCGGCCUAACCGCCCACGAACGCGCCGACGGCGCACGCACAACCGACUGCCAUCUCUGCGGCGCCAUCAUCCGGCUCCGUGACAUGGGAGCACACACCGCCAACCACGAACUCGACAAAGCAACCCGCCACCCGCCAGAAAUCUGCCGCGAUUCCCUCUGCGGACGCACACUGCAUGGCAUCGGCCCGCGCGGCCAGGUCAACGGCGGUACACGUAUGGGCCAGGGGCCCGGGAACGAUCUUGGCCUGUGCAGCCUGUGCUUCUCACCAUUGUACGUUAACAUGCACGAUCCGGAGGGGAAAGCGCUCCGGCGACGUAUCGAGCGCCGGUAUCUCACCCAGCUCAUGUCCGGUUGUGGCAAGAAGUGGUGCGUCAACGAAUGGUGCAAGACGGGGCGGGCGAACCAAGGGUUGAAGAAAUGGGGCAGUAGCGCGGCGGCUGCGUUGCCCCUUGUCAAGCCGUUGUUGGGGGAGAUUGGGGACCAUGGGAAGGCGAUGCAGUUUUGUGUGGAUGAGGGGUCGCAGCGGAGGAAGAAGACGGCGGAGAUGUUGGCUGCGGAGGGGGUGUGGGAGCUGGAGUGGUGUGUUGCUGCGUUGGAGGCGGAGGGGGGGGAUUUGGGGAAGGCGAGGGGGUGGUUGGGGGAUUGGGCGCCGACUAGGGUUAAUGGGAGGCGUUGA